CGGACUUCAAAAUAAAAGGGCUCCAGCUCCCUGUUCCCGGUAGGUCUCUCCGGUAAAGCAGCGAGGCUCCGCGGCUCUUCAGUCACAGCGCUGCCGCUCAGCGAGCAGCACAGCCGCCUCUCCCCGCCGCUCGGUGCCGGUCCCUCGGCCAUGGCCGCCAUCACCUGCCGCGUGCAGCACCUGGAGGACUCGGACCCGUUCAUCUGCACCAACUUCCCGGAGCCGCGGAGACCUCCGACGGUCAACGUGGAGCAGAACAUCCCGCUCAGCGAGCAGAUCUCCGGGAUACACAAGCUGCUGCAGGCGCCUCUCAAGUUGGAGGAGUGCACCCUUCAGUUGUCUCCUAAUGGAAACUAUCUGGACCUCGAUUCUUCUCUGUUGGAGCAGAGAGACGAACUGGAGAGCUUCUAUGAAGACGUGAAUAAAGGAAAGAAGCCGAUCCUGAUCUUGAGGACUCAGCUGUCUGUUCGUGUUCACUCCAUUCUGGAGAAGCUGUAUAACUCUCACGGACCGGAGCUCAGACGAUCUCUGUUCUCUCUCAAACAGCUGUUCCAGGAUGAUAAAGAUCUGGUUCCAGAGUUCGUGGCGUCUGAAGGUUUGACGUGUUUCAUCAAAGUCGGAGCCGAAGCCGACCACAACUACCAGAACUACAUCCUGAGAGCUCUCAGUCAGAUCAUGCUCUUCGUGGACGGUAUGAACGGAGUGAUAAAUCACCCAGAAACCGUCCAGUGGCUCUACACGCUGACAGGAAGUCUGUCCCGUCUGGUGGUGAAGACGUCUCUGAAGCUUCUCAUCGUCUUCGUUGAAUAUUCAGAGUCCAACGGACCUCUGCUCAUCUCUGCUGUUAAUGCUGUGGAUGGACAGAGAGGUGUGAAGCCGUGGAGUUAUCUGAUGGAAGUCCUGGAGGAGAGAAACGGCUCCGACACAGAGCUGCUGAUAUUCACCAUGACGCUCAUCAACAAGACUCUAGCAGCGCUCCCUGACCAGGACUCCUUCUAUGAUAUGACGGACAGCUUGGAGCAGCUCGGGAUGGAAACCAUCAUCUCUAAACACAUGAACAACAAAGGGACAGAACACGACCUCCGAGCUCAGUUCACCACCUACGAGACGGCUCUUAAAUAUGAGGACGGAGAGAUCGAUGACUCUGCUCCUCACCUCCGUAAAGAACGGAGGAAGACGGCGGGAGGCGAGCAGGAAGUCCGGAAGAGCCGCCGUUCCUCCAGUCAGAGCUUCCCUGACGUCUUAUCUUCCUCCGCCGGCUCUUCCCGCUCCGCCUCCCCCACCGCUGUCCCCCCCUCCUCCUCCCCCUGCGUCUCCUCCGCCUCCUCCAGCCCCACGGUGGGGUUAGGCAGCAGGGCUUCCUCUCCGCUGACCUCUGACCCCGCUAGCUCCGCCUCCUCCAGCCCCUCGCUGUCUCAGGCCGGCUCUCCUCUGCCCACGCACGCUAACGCUAACGGGGGAGUGAGCCGCGAGCAGGAGGAGAAAACGCCAAUCAGCCCCUCCUCUCCCUCAGAAGUCUUCCAGCAGCAGCAGAAGUCGGAGCAGCCGAGCAACAAGACGGAGAAUAAAACCAGUUUCAAAGACACCUUCCUGCGCAGUCUGGCCGCUCAGCAGUGGGAGAAGAAGAGAAGAAGUAAUAAACACCACAGCCAAUCCAAGCUGCCCGCUGAUGAUGUCAUAACCUCGCCGCCGCAGCAGCAGGGGGAGAGCGGCGGCGGCUCGGCUGCAGCAGAGCUUCCUCCUCACGGAAACGACUCUAACGGACGCUCUGAGUCACAGAAUGACCCAGCUUCAGGUGUGCAGCGUCAGUGCAGCACGUUGUCUAAUGAUAAGAAGUUCCUGCUCGAUAUGCUUUACUCUAAAACCGCUGCAGCUCCUCUGAGUCCGACCGCUGCACCCGACACCACCGAAGAAGAAGGAGGAGCCUUCCUGCCAGCUGGAGGCGAUCUGUCGGGUCGCGUGUCGGAGCGUCUCUCGAGCUUCAGAGCACGCUCCGAGGAGCCGGCGGGUCGGAGCGAGAGCAGCGCCUCCCGCAGGGCGGAGCUGGAAGGACUGGAGGGUUCGGCUCAGGCAGCGCGCGCUCGGCUGGCCGAAGAACAGCAGACUCGUCACCUCCGUCAGCAGAGCAGCAUCGAUGUGGAGACUCACUCCCGCCGGCUGGAUGCGACCCAGAUGACUCCGCUGGGUCCCGGAGGUCCCGCAGACGCUUGGGACCAGCUGCAGCCCAGCGCCGCCGCACUGCGCAUCAAAGACCUCGACUUCUCCGACCUGCUGGACGAGGAGGACAUCGACGUCCUGGACAUGGACGCCUUCGACUCCUCCUCCUCUUCCUCCUGCUUGGCUGGUAUUCCUCCUCCUCCUCCUCCUCCUCCUGGCUCGGGCCUAGCUCCUCCUCCUCCUCCCCCGCCUCCUCCUCCUCCUCCUUCAGGUGGUGCAGGUCCUCCUCCUCCGCCUCCUCCUCCUCCUCCACCAGGAGCUCCUCCCCCUCCUCCUCCUCCUCCCAUGGCGGGCUCCUCCUCCUCCUCCUCCUCGUCGCAGCAGAAGAAGAAGAAGACAGUGAAGCUGUUCUGGAAGGAGCUGAAACAAGCCGACGGGCCGAAGAAGUGUCGUUUCGGCCGCGGGACGGUUUGGGCGUCUCUGGACAAGGUGGCGGUGGACACGGCUCGACUCGAACACCUGUUUGAGUCCAAAGCCAAAGAGCUGCACGUCGCCAAGAAAGGACCGGAGACCAAAAAGUCUGAGAUUCUGGUUCUGGACCCGAAGAGGAGCAACGCCAUCAACAUCGGGAUGACCGUCCUGCCGGCCGUUCACGUCAUCAAGACCGCCAUCCUCAACUUCGACGAGUUCGCCAUCAGCAAGGAGGGCAUCGAGAAGAUCCUGACCAUGACUCCCACGGAGGAGGAGAAGCAGCGGAUCCAGGAGGCCCAGCUGGCUCAUCCUGAGGUUCCUCUGGGCACCGCGGAGCAGUUCCUGUGCAGCCUGGCCUCCAUCAGCGCCUUGACCCCCCGCCUGCAGCUCUGGGCCUACAAGCUGAACUACGAGGCUCUGGAGAAGGAGAUCGCAGAGCCGCUGUUUGACCUGAAGCUGGGCAUGGAGCAGCUGGCGUCCAAUCAGACCUUCAAGAGGAUCCUCGCCACGCUGCUCGCCAUCGGAAACUUCCUCAACAGCUCCAACGCUAAAGGCUUUGAGCUGGGUUACCUGGAGAAGGUGGUGGAGGUGAAGGACACGGUUCACCGUCAGACUCUGCUGCAUCACACCUGCAUCCAGGUGGUGGAUAAUUACCCAGAAUGCUCUGAUGUCUACUCAGAGAUCCCCGCCAUCACCCGCUCCGCCAAGGUGGACUUCGAGCUGCUCUCGGAGAACCUGGUGCAGCUGGAGAAACGCUGCAAAGCAUCAUGGGACAAUCUGAAGGUGGUGGCGAAGCACGAGACGAAGGCCGUGCUGAAGAACAAGAUGACCGACUUCCUGAAGGACUGUACGCAGAGGAUCAUCAUCCUGAAGGUGGUCCACAGGAGGGUCAUCAACAGGUUCCACUCCUUCCUGCUGUUCCUGGGUCAGCCGUCCUCCUCCAUCAGAGACAUGAAGGUGACGAGCUUCUGCCGCAUCGUGAGCGAGUUCUCUCUGGAGUACCGAACCACCAGAGAACGAGUCCUGACCCUGAAACGCAAGCGGGCCGCCCACCGGGAGAGGACCAAGACCCGCGGCAAGAUGAUCACCGAGACUGAGAAGUUUUCGGGGGCGGUGCCUCGCCCGGAUAGCCCCUCCCCCGUCUCCAUGGCAGCGGAGGCAGCAACGGAUCAAGAGGAGGAACACGAGAACAUGAAGAACCUUCUGAUCAGCAGCAGCAACGAUCCGAGCACGGAGCAGAGAGGAGGCCUGAGACGCUCCAGAGCCAUCCGCAGUCUCGGCAGAGUGAGUCCUCCUCAGAUGUCGGUUGCCAAGGACGACGGGACGAGUUCCCAGGACGACCACACAGACGAGAUCAUGGACCGGCUGGUUAAAUCCGUUACCCAGAAUCCUUCAGACCGAGCGUCCAGCCCCAAAACACGCAAACGCUCCCGACUCAACAGGAAGUCACUGAGGAGGACUCUGAAGAGCGGUCUGGGUGUAGACGUGGUUCAGGCUCUGGGACUCAACAAUAAGAGCGGAGAGCGGCUGUGAUCCAUCACACCGAUCAGACCGAU